AUGCCAUUGCUCAACGGCGAACAAUUUGUGAAACAACAGCCCCCACCCAACCUUGAUCCCAAUGAAGAAGUUUUCUUUUCACCGAUUACUUACGAGGUUUUUCGAGACUAUGAUGAAUUUUUUGAACGGACAAUCCUUCUCAACAGCCUGACAUGGAGCUGCAGUUUCUGCGGAAAGCGUCAGCUCACGUACACCGAAGCCCAGGCCUGCGAGCAAGCCGACGAGAACCAGUUGGCCACCUUCGGAGUUGGUCUUUCUCGCGGCCUCCUGCACAUCAUGCUUCACUCCCGGCGACGACGUCUCUCCGAGCUUGUCGACUUGCUGGUGUCAUUCAGUGUGUCGCGAUUUUUCGUUGGUGAAAAACUUAAUGUCAAAAGACCGGAUAACAGCCUGGAGCACUUUGUUGUGGUCGAACGAGUUAUCCUGCCUCCACAGCCCGGUCAAUCGAAGAACAAUUCCGAAGACACGGAAAGUGAAGGCUCCAGCGUUUCCGAGGUCUCAGGCAUGCCGGAUCCCAAGUCGAUAAAAUACGUCGUCCGUUCCGCCAGCCCCACUGACGAAUCCACUGGUUCAACCCUCAUUCUUCCCUCCUCGGCCCUGCAAAGGCCCGCGAGGAAUUACAUUAACCGCGACCGCAUCAAAUUCUUUAUCCGUCAAACCGGUCAACUGGAAAGCCAGAUUUUCGUCCCUCGUGAAUCGCUUCUGAGGCAUUUUAAUCUCUACCCGAAGGGCUCACUCAGGUGGGCUGACAUCUUCGCCGACCCAGAGCUGCGGUGGUUCGACCUCACGCCACCGCGCACCGCGUCUGGCCGUGACAAAGUUGUGCAUUCAAAAGGCCUCUUAAAAGGCGCGCCGAGAUCGGGCAAGACAUCAGAGAAUUCAUGUGGUCUGACGAAAUCAGUAGGUGGCUCCGCCAAUCAGCAGUCGUCGGAGAGCACGUGGGACGCCCAGCGUCUCACGCGCAUCGAACGCAUGGAGCUGGAGCGCACGUGGUCCCUCCUGCGAAAACGCGAUGACCUUGACCUCUCAGACCUGGUUCCCCUGCCUUCCUUCACACCCCUCCGACUUCGUCUCAUUCCUCUGGAAGACUUCGGGACUUGCCUGCAGGUGUAUGAGUUCUACCACGUCUUCGGGGGCUUGCUGCGUCUCCCUGUCCCCGGUUUCGCGUCCCAGGCCACAGACGGUGCCGCUGCCUCGCCGUCAGCGUCGUCGAUCGGACAGCCGUGUCUGAUGUCCGAUGAAGAGACGGGGGAGAGGAGUGCACGGCUAACUUGGGACGUGCUCGAAGAGGUUCUGCUCAGCACAGAUCCCAUGGGCCCUCUCGCGGAUGUUCUGUUGGGUCUUCUGGGUGCGAUUCGUCGGCUUGAGAAUGAAACGAACGGCCGCCAACUGCCGCCCACCGCAGAAGCCGCAGCUGCCUCGACUGUUUCGGCCAUCGCCACCCUCGAGGCCGGUCUGCCGCUCGCCUACGCCGGCAUCCUCACCGGCCUGGGCUCCUCCCAGGAGUACUCCACGAUGCUCACCGAGUCCCUGCUCUGCGACCACGCGCUCGCGCUGAUCUUCCGCGGCGCCGCCGACACCACCCGACAGGCCGAGCUCGUGGGCGUGCCGCCCGCCCACCCCGCGCUCACGUCGCGUGCGGAGCGCGCGGCCCUCGCCCUCGGCGGCCAGGCUGCGGCUGCCGCGUCGGUGGGCGGCGGCGCUCCCGACGCACCGACGCCCAAUCGGUCCGCGGCGGUGCGCGCGUGUGCGCUCGCGUGCGCCGUCGGCGCCGCCUCGCUGCCUCCGCUCGACCGCGCCGGCCUCGCCGACGCCUUGUGGCUGCACAUCACCACGGCGCCUGCCAAGGCGGGCGGCUGGCGAGGCGGCAUCUGGGGUGGCACGCGCCCUCUUGACGACCCCUGUGUCGAGCUCAUCCGACGCCACAAGGACCUCGUCGACAAACUUCGAGUCGAUCCGAUCUACUCGUGGUCGCUUCGUGAGCGCUUGACCCUGAUCACCACGCUGAUGGACGAGCUGCUGAUGCAGCCGCAGCUGCGCGAGCGGAUGGACGAGGGCUUCGAGCGGGUUCGACAGCUUCGGCUGCAGUUGAGGGGCAUUCAGGCGGAGCGCUACAAGCUCUACGGCGGCAACGCCAACAUCGCCAACAUGCUCUACGGAUUCUCGCCUUCGACGCUGAUUUCAAGCUGCGACAACUGGCUCACCGGCACGCCGCCCAUUCUCCGCAACAACAUGAACCGCCCCCGCAAAAAGACCAUCGAGGCGGCGAAGGCAAAGAUCGCCGCCGAGUACAGCAACGCCAAAGGGUCUGCCACUGAUUCUGACAGUCAAAAGGCGGGUUCGGAAGCGGAGGGCGAGACAUCAGCGCCACCACCACCUCCACCGAUCAAUACCUUCAGCAAGGAAUUGGAAGUGGAGGAGCAGGAGUUGUGGGCAUCCGUCCUGAAGACGGCUCGGCGCUUCUCGAUGAUCCCACUGGGGCAGGACCGGGUUUAUAGACGCUACUGGCUGGUGAUGUCUCUGCCGGCCAUCCUUAUAGAGGACACUCUCCAAGAGCUUUCGUCAACCAGAGCCACUUCAAUGACUCCUGCCAAGAAGACCGAGGGCACUUCUGUGCAGCCGCUUCGCGUCCGCGGACGCCAAGUCUGCGCCUCAGCAACCCUCGGUUCGAGUCCGGCGCAGGCUGCGCGAACCAUUCAGCAGGCAAUAGACACCCUGUUGACGAACUCCCUCGAAGACGAACAGUGGCAGAACCCCCGACUGCUCGAUCGUGACUCACUGAUCUCCCAGUUGUCGAUCGAUUUGCCCCACAACAGGGAGGCCCUGCCCAUGGAGCAGCUCAAAAAUCUCGUCCAUCCAGCUCGUCGCAGCAACCCAUUGGUGGACGCGGAUCACCCGGCUGUCACUCAGGUGGAGAAGCUGCAGCGCAACCCCCCACGCUGGUCCGUUCUCCUUCCCCUGUCCCACUCGUCAUCAUCACCAUCACCGUCAGACGACUCACACGACGAGUCGACGAGGGACUCGCUGGCCCUCGAUCGAUACCGUGGCGCACGACUCGCCAUCGAUCAGCUGGAGGCCUCACUGAAUCCACGUGGCACGCGAGAGUCGCAUCUGCGCAAGUCCGUCUGCCAGUUGCGGCCAAUCCUCAUAAAGGUCGUGGCUGAUUGUCCCACAGAAUUGCUCGUAGCCAGUGAAUCACUGAAGCCGCCCGUCGGUAAGGAACCAGACAGCGUGCUACUGUCGUGGUUGGAGGCAACAGCUCGUGGAGUUGCUAUGCGUUUGGGUGUUCCACUUUCCACGCCCAACGCGGCUGCAGACUCGGAGGAGAAUGUCGCUCCUAACUGCGAGGAGGCAAAACAGUCGUCGAAGUUUCAGGAGUUGGUGCAAAUGAUCCUCUCUAUCGGCAACGCCAUCGGUCCGAGACGCCUCGCCGCCCCGUUGAGUGCUGAUGAUCGCUCCCUCCGUGGGUCUCUUCCUUCAACCGCCUCGCUGUCGUGUCUGGACUCCCUGGACGACUCCAACAAUCCACCCUCCCCGUGCUCCCGCCUUUCGUCUUCUAACGCCGACCUCAAGUCCCUCGAAAACGGCUUCGCCGCGACAACCACGGGCUUCCAGCGGUGGUGCGCCUGCGUCCAAUCCGCAACCACCACCUCCCAGCUGCACCUCCUCGUCCGAGCGCUGGAGCGGGCAGCGCGGAGGGCCAAUCGGGGCGGGCGAGGAGUUCCCGCGGCCAUCGGCAGCUACGCCACCCGGUUUCGACUGCCAGAAACCCGAUGCACCGCGUGUCGCGGUUCACCGGACACAGCCGCCCCGAACACCACCCACCCCUCGCCCCCACUGACUCCGUUUUCUCUUUGCGGUGGUUGCGCCUGUCCUUUCCACGUGGACUGUCUGCUCAACUCGCUCUCGCGUCAAUCCACCUCACGCUCCCUGCGAAACCGCCUCCGCACACCCCAGGAGUUUUCCUCGCUUGCUCAAACAUUUGCCGUCUACUCCCUCCUGCCCUGUCAAAUCACCACCACGGCGUCCGCUCGCCAGGAUGCGCUCAGGAGCGCCACUCUGCUCUGCGAUCGCUGUAGACGCCUGUCUGGGUGUGACGUCAAGGAGAAGUUCGCAGAUCCCCUGCCGAACGAACUUCUCGAAGCCGUGGAAAUGAAGGCGGAACUUGUAGAGCAGAUGGAGGAAAGCCUGAGGGAAGAGCUUGAUGAAGAGAUGUCUGUUAGCAGCAAGAAUACAAAUCUGACGCCCUUACUCGACGGUCAGCGCCCGCCGUUCGAUGAGGCGUCUACCCUGAACGGUGAACAGGAGAGCGAUGCCAACAGCGACACCCAGUUCCAUCCCGUGGGGAGACGCCGUCGCCAUGGACGUCCUCGACGUUCCUCCCCCUAUCUCACCACGCCCUCCUCAUCGCCCCCUCGUCGCAGUCGCCCACCCAAACGUCCCCGAUACCUCGACGACUACGAGGCCGACACGUCUCCCUCGAUGGUAGCGUCUCCGGCUGUUGGUGAAGAGGGCGACGACGACGGCACUUGGAAACCACCUGCUCCAGCAUCCCUCGAACAGCUCUCCGUCAUCUCAACCGAUGACGUCUUGUACGAAGACGAAGUUGAGGCGUUUGUAGACCUCAAGACGAAAGCGAAGACUCGUGGACGUCCAAACGGAAGUUACGGGGGUGGGAAGGAGCCUUCAACCGCGCUGAUCGGGAGGUAUAGUCAGCCCCCGCGACGCAGCCGUCCACUCAGGCCGGACAUCCAACCUCAAGCGACGCGCACGCUCCCCGCAGACGAGACGGUGGAUGCGGCGCACCACCUCGUGGACACCCCAGUCGCAGCCUCCGGACCUGGACCGAUCCAGUCGCAGCAGGCUGCAGAGCGCCUUCUGGCGGAGAUCUCCGCGUUGUCCGUCGCCCGACCCCUGCUCCGAUGCGCGCUCAGCAAGACCGUCCAAGCGGAGGCGCCAAACAAACCCUCAGAGCACCACCAACACGCCCAUCGAACACGACGCUCCGUGGAAGUGAACAAACCCUCUACCAGUCUCUACGCCUACGAUCUGGAAAGCCUGAAGGAUCUGCUCACUCAAGGGGCCUUACCCGGCGGUCCUAGAGAAAUUGUCCCCCAAUUGCGGCUUCUCACCAUGCACUGGAUGGCGUGCAAUCGUCCGGGCAGCCGGCUCCACGGCUGUGCUCAAGACGUGUCCGCAUUUCUCGAGAAACGGCUGUCCGAACUGUCCGGAGAAAAGGUAGGGACUGCCUCCGUGGCCUCAGUUCCCAACCAUUGA